AUGUUAGCUGACCAUCUUUCCAGAUACCCUGCUUUGAAUCCAGUCCACUCUCCUAUUGCUGUUCAAGGUACUAUUUCCGAAUUAAUUGUCCCUGAGUCGUGGUAUUCAUCUUUCGCUGAGGCUUACCUUGAUGACCCAGAAUUUAAGGAUAUUUACUGCUCGUUAUCUGAUCAAGAAUCUCCUGAUGAGGAUACAUCCACUACUAGGUCUGUCCCUGUCACAACCACCCAUCUGCUUUACUAUCAAGACAGAUUUUUUAUCCCUGUUGUUCUUCUCGCUGAAUUUUUCUACCACAUCCAUUCUGCAGCUACUGCUGGUCCUCCCGGUAUUUAA